AUGCUCCUCUACGCUGUUCUCGCAACACUCCUCACCUGCUCCGGCAUCGUCUCCGCUGCUCCGGCGCCAGACACCGGAGGAGCUGCCUCGAGCCUCGAUGCGUCUAGCAAGGCAUCUGUCGCGACCGUGGCGUACCAGGAGAUAUGCUACUUGACGUUGUUCGACGCCGAGGACAUCACGUCCCUCAAGUACGGCAAGGACACUCUCGCGCAAGACGAAAACGGCCAGGACGUCUACAUCAACGACGGCUACAAGAAGGACUCGAGCGGCAAGGAGUACUACUACGAAGAGGCGUGCUACAAGUCGAGCAAGGUCGAUGGGAAGACCCAGUCGAACACGGUCGCCAGCUCGUCGACGACCGACAGCAGGCCGUUCAGCUCGCUUAUCGGUACCCUUGGACUCGACGACGGCGUCUCCGGCUUCCUCUCGGGGCUUACGAGCGGCGACAGCCUUGGCUUGAGAGGACUCGUCCGUUUCGUCAAGAGGCAGUUCGACAGCCAGACCAUCGGUGCCAUCCUCGGCCAACCCGCCGCCGCUGAUCCCGCCGCUUCCUCUUCCUCUUCCGCUGCGCCGCCCAUCGACAACGAAGACUCCGCAACCCCCUCCUCGCCCGACUACUUCGACGCCCCUUCUCCCACCCCGACUCCUACGCUUACCACCACAGCUGCUCCCUCGCCUACCGCCAUCGACCCGCUCGAGAUCGCAAACGGAUUCGGCGGGAUCCAGUCCGUCGGGAAUGCGUUGCCUGGACGGGUUGGGGCGGAGGAUAUCCUUGGACCGGCGUUCUCGAGUGCGGAUGCGGGACCGACCACUGGUUUCGCAGCAACGACGACGGAUGCGGGCGACCAGGCGACGCAAGCAGCCCCGCAGCAGACCGAGACGCCCGACGCGCAACCUUCGACGUCCGCCUUCACUCCUGCUCCCGGUCCUCCUGGUUACCCUUCCGCCUUCGCGCCCGCCGCAGGUUCUCCUGGCUCUCCGUCGUCCUUCACGCCUGCCGAUGGUCCUCCUUCUGCCUCUCCUACUGUCGCCGUCAACCCGAACGACGACGCCGCUCCUCAACCGACGCAGUUCCAACCCGCCUCGUCGCCGCCUGUCGUCCCGACUCCCCUUUCAACCUUUACGCCCGCGGCUUCACCUCCGACGACCGACAUCGCAGCGCCGGCUACGACGCAGCAAGUCCAGCCCGCGCCCUCCUCGCCCGACGUUCAGACCGCCGCUCCUCCUGUCGACUCGGCGCCCAGCUUCUUUACUCCCGCCUCGAGCGUCGUCACGCCGACAAUCCUCUCCACGUCCUCGCCCGUCAUAGCCGACACGCCGACUCCCGCUGCGACGUCCGCCCCGUCUUCCACCACCGUGGACACUCCCGCAUCUUCCUCGACUGUCCCGCUGAGGAUCUACGUCGCCGCCGCCUCGCCCACGUCGUCCAGCGUCGAUGCGGCGUCGUCUCCGAACACUUCGCUCGCCGUCGUCAGCCUCGCGCCGACUGCUGUGCCCGCCCACGUUGUAAGCGACUCGAGGGGAGGCGUGAGUGCCCUUGGCCUGGCGAGCUCGCCUCUCGCUCCUCUUCCUUCUCCCUCAUCGAGCUCUGGCAGGAGACGAGCGAAGGGUCGCUACUCAUCGCAGCACCGCACACAGCGAGUCUGUCACGCUGCACUCGCCCGCUCCCGUCGGCUGUGGGAAAAGUCCCCGGACACUCUGAGCCCUCCACGACCCGCUAGCAGCCCAGCCGCACCCCUCGACUCGCGCGCGCAGCCCUCGUGGCUCGCCCCAGUCGGCUUCCUCCUCCUCGCCAAACGUCCCUCACACGACCGCACUGCUUCCCUCGCGCCAACCCGCCGGAAAGCGGCCGUCCUCGACCCGGCGGGAAAACGGGUUGGCGCUACUGGGCUCUGCGGUUCGGGGGAUGAGGGGGAUGGGAGAGUGUGCGGUCUUCAAGGGCGAGGGUGGGACUCUUGA